AUGCUGGUAGCUCUGUGUUUCAUUGAAUUCCUAUCAGGAUUCGUACUUACUAUUCUUUACCGAGAUAUCUGUUCAAACGGAUUAAUAUCAUGUUGGAAUAAUCGUAAAUCACCUUUGGAAAUAUAUGAUCAUUUAUCAAAUUUGAAUCUAGAUCUAAAUCUAGAUCUCAACUAUAACUUUGAUUUGGUCAAUAAGAAAUCUUCGAUUGUAUCUUUCGCUAAAUCGUAUAUAUCCUAUCCUAAUCGUUCUCCCCUUCGAACCCAAGCUCCAGAGCCAAGCUAUACGUUAACGUAUCAAGGCAGCUCCAAUAAAGAUACCUCGAUGAAAAUUGCCAUAUACACGAAAAGCAGUAUCUUACCCACUUCUACUCAAAUCGAAACACCUUAUCAAAUCAUCCUUGAAGUGGUCCCCGAAUCAAUCAACUUCAAUCUGAGUGCCGAAACCUCUUGGAUCAUCGAGCACCUUCAACAACCAACAAUGACAUUCACCUACACCUCCUCAUCAGCUCCUAUUCUCAGUCCCAUCCCUACCACCAUUUCUCUACCAACCCUCACCAGGAUUGAGAAUAUCGCUACAUCGAUCGGUACCAGUCCAAUGAACGUCACGAUGACAAUGAUCUCAUCUACAAAUCUGCCCACCCACACACCCUCAGCUGAUCCUCCAUCACUCGCAGGUUCACUUAUCGACCACCUGACAAAUUCAUCUCAUAAAUUACAAUUACAAUACGCCCUAAAAAGUACUUGGGCAAAAUCUCAGAUUAUACUCAACACUCUGCAAAAAUCAAUCAUCACUUCACUUGCAUUACUACCCAUCGAGGCUCGGACAAUUUUAAACGUUGUAAUGGGUAUCUACACUUUCAAGUUCAUACACUUCAUCUUCAAGCAAAUUGUGAAAAUGGUCUAUUUGACCAUCAUCCGGAAAUUGACUCGAGGCAUAAUCGCAACUUUGACAUCUAUCAUUAAUCUUCUGGAUAAUUGGAUAGAAGACUCCAGUCGUCAAGGUCAGCAGGAAACGAAACCCGAAAGUGUAGCCCAAGGCCAAAGUGAAUUUGGUGUCGAAACGGAAAAUGAAGCUGAGUUAGACAGCAAGAGUAAAGCAAGACGAGGAAGGGAAAGUGACAGUAAGAUUGUGAACGAGCCUCAAGCCCUGUCCGUCGACUCAGAGCUGGAUAACGUGGAAGAAACGAUUUCGUUUGGGAAUGAUACCAAUUCUCAUGAUGCGAACUGCAACUCCGAAAAAGCUAACAUCCCAUAUUUGACUAAAGGACUGGAUUAUCCUGUAUAUAUCGAAUCACCUAUUAUUAACCCCAAAGAUACAACCGUAUACGAUUGUUCUCCUCAAGAUCCCUUGACUCUUCAUCCAUCAAUUCCAAUUGAAGAAGAGAUCAAAUCCAUUACUUUCUCCAACAUUUACCUACCAGAGUCACUUGAAGAGAUCGAGUCCGAACCAUCAAACUCAAUAAGAUCUCAGAAAUCCACUAAAAAUGAAAAGGAAGAUCUAUCGGCCGAGCCCUCACCAUCACGUUCAAUAAUAGUCGACAAGUCUUAA